AUGUUUUUUCGAAGGAAUUACCAUAAAUGUGGUGUAUUUUCAUGGAUUGAAACGAAACAAAACGAAUUUGGUUUAGUGGUUACGGAUGCCGCGCGACAAAUUGAUCUUUCGAACGUAGAAGGUUCAGCAUCUUUCGAUUUUAUUUCGUUCGCAUCGAUAACGCAAUUUAAAUGCCCACCAUAUAUUACUGCCAAUCGAUCUUUCAAUGCCAAUAUGAAAUUUAAUGAAAUCGUAUGUUCGCCUUUACGAACAGAAAUUCAUCCGAUGGGUUUAAUAAUUGGUGGUGGCGAGAGUGGAAUGCUUCAUGUUAUCGAUUCAUAUAGUUUCAUGAAAGGUGAAACGCUGCAGAUUAUUAGCCAAACUCGAUACCACCAAGGUCAUGUAUUAUCAGUAGAUGUGAACCAUUUAGACUCAAGAUGGAUUUGCUCAGGUGGAGCUCAAGGAUGCAUCCUUUUAUGGGAUUUAAAUAAUCCAUUAAUUCCUAUGUCACCGGGUUGUUCCAAUUUCCUGCAUCAAAUUAAAUGCGUGCGGUGGUGUCCUUUCUCAAACAUUUUUGCUAGUUUGACAAGUGAGCGCUGCUCAAUUUGGGAUUUGCGUCAUUGUGGUGCACCCGUGUUCGAUUUUGCGGAUUCUGGAAACAUGGAAUGGAGUGUGUUUAAAUGGAGCCCUUUCGAUAGUGCAACUAUUAUUGCUGCUUCUCAGUCGGAUACAUUUCCUGUUCUUAUGAAAUAUGAUUUGAGAUAUCCUGCAUCGCCAGUAAUUACUUAUCAACUUCAUAGCAAAGGAGUUUAUGCUAUGGAUUGGUGCGCUCGUGACGGUCAGUUAAUGGCUACUGCUGGUAAAGAUGAAUAUAUUAUUUUUCAAAAUCCUAACAGUGGUCAAUUAUUAGGAAAAAUUCAUAUAAAAGGAUGGCCUCGGCAAUUAUGUUGGAAUCCUUCUACUCCAAAUCUUUUCGCUGUAUCUUAUUUCGAUCAUCCUAUUAGUAUCAAUUCUUUCAUUCCUUUCACCGCUGAAGAAUCCGAAUCAGCGAAGUUGGCGUCUCAACUAUCUGUCAUUCCAGCAUGGAUGAACUGUGGCCACUGUGGAGCAGCAUUUGCAUAUGCCAACAGGUUUAGUACUUUUUAUCGAGAAUGCGAUCAGAAUGGUAUUUCUUAUUCUUUUGUGGAUAUCAAGAAGCUCGAACAAGAUGGAGAAUAUUGUCAUUCGGUGGUGGAACUACAAAGUGCCAUAGAUAAUCAUGAAUUAACAUCGUAUUGUGAUCAACAUGUAAAUUCAACAUUGGAUAUAGUUCAUGAUCUUUGGAAUUUUCUUUCGACAUAUUCCGUUUUUAAUUCCCGUUCAGCAUUUUUGAGUUUGCUGCAGCAGCCGAAGAAACCUGAUAAUAUUGAUGAAGCUUUGGUGAAAAUUAUACAACAGUUAGAAAUUAAACAGGAAAAUGACGAAAGCGAUGAAGGUGAUGGUAAAAUUAUUAAAAAUGGUAGACAUAACGAAAAAGAAUUUUCAUAUGCACCAAUCGCUAAUUUGUCUGGCCUAUUAAAUGAGGGCGGUGUGGCUUUCAACAGCUUUUGUUAUGGCGAUUCUCAGAAAGGAAUCGCUAUUGCUAUUCGGGAAAAAAAUUGGUUAUUUGCAAUUCUAGCCGCCCAAGCAGUUGUGUUGCCAAGAGCGUUAAUUACAAUUGUUGAUGCAAUGAUGGAUGAUCCAUCAGUAGAAGACUCUACAAAAGCGAUAGCUUUAAUGGCUGCUAGAAUGUGGGAACGACUCGUCGAUUACUGGCCAAUCUCAGAUUGGCGAAGAGUUCUUUCAUUUCUGUUGGCUGAGGCCCCUUCAAAUAUACUUCGAGUCAUCUGCAACAGAUUGGCUUCAAGGCUUAUCGAGGAUGGUGAGCAAUUAAGUGGAGCUUUUCCAGCCGUUAUUGGUGGCAAUCUUGAACUAUUUGCAGACUCUGUUUCAUCCCUUCCUCUCAGUGAUCGUAUUCUUUUAGGAAUCACAUUGAGAAAUUUAGUUGGUAAUGGCAGUCCACGCAUUGUAAGAACUGGGCCGAAAUUCCAGGCUUUGGUUGAAGAAUAUGUUAAUGGGUUGGUCAGUAGGGGUUUUGUUAAAUUGGCUUGGAAAUUAGUCGAGCCCUUUUCAAAUGCAGAUUGUACAGAAAGUUUUAGUGCACUUCGUUUUGAGCUUUUUCAAGUAUGCGGGCAGCAACUGUCGAAUGAUUGUGAGCAACCUAUUGAUCCAUUUUUGUUGGAACGAACGAAUUUUUCGAAACUCAUUCGAUCUCUAAAUUGCGCAAACAUGCCAAAACACCAGCAUCAACAGGUUUAUAAAAAAGUAGCUGGAUAUUCAAUAUAUAGUACUGAUAGCCAAUUAGCUUAUUCUUAUAUUCAACAACAUCCAGUUUAUUCACAACAACAGGCCUUUAUUCCACAUCUUCCAUUCAUUCCUUGUGGAUGUAUUCCCAGAUCACAAAUAGAAGAUGUCAAUAAAUCGAAUUUUGCACGAAAUACUAAGAUGCAACGAUUUGUUAAUCAGAAUAACAAUUCACUUAAUUCUUAUGAUCAUAAAGUGCCAGAAAAAACAGUAGAAGUUGAAUAUGAAUUGAAUAGCACUGAUGAACGGCUUCUUGAUAUUUUAAAGACACUGUUAGCAAAGAUUCGCGAGAAAACAACUAUUCCGGUAAUUCUUCAUCGACUUGAUGAUGCUGAAUUAAGAAUAACAAAUGAGCUGAUACCACGCCUUGCCAAAACUAAGUUUACUAAUGAGACUUAUGCGAUACUUAUACAGUUAGGGGAACAUAUUGCACGAGGGGAAUAUGCUGCGAGCAUCGCAUUAUGUUCACAGUUAGCGUCCGGUCGCGAUUUUGUUGAAUUUUCAACAGUAUUGCCUGCUCUCAAGUCGCUUGUAACUACAUCACAACAAGUUCUGCAGCGAUAA